AUUGCUUAUGAAUGCAGGAGACACUUGACUUACAAGCCUACCAAUUGCAUCUAAUCUUUGUGUAGGUUGGCAUUGUUCAUGCUAUCAAUAAACUUCAUAGUGAUUUACCAGGUUUGAACUUAGCUGUGUCCCUUCAUGCACCAAUUCAAGAGUUUGUUGCCAGAUAAUGCCUGCAGCUCGAGCUUUUCCUCUGGAAAAGCUUAUGAAUGCACUUCAUGUAUAUCAAAAGAAUAGUCAGCAAAAAAUAUUUAUUGAGUACAUCGUGCUGGAUAAGGUGAAUGAUGAAGAGCCACAUGCUUACCAGCUCGGCAAACUGCUAGAGACAUCUCAAGUGCUUGUAGCCAAAGUAGAAACUGUGGAAACAGGUUUCAAAAUUGCUAUCAUUUCAAAGUCUGGUGAAGGUGUAGCUCAUGUAGCUCCCUUGGAGAAAAUACCAGAGAGGGCUGCUUCUAAGCCAUCUCUUGCUGAAAAGAUAGAAGAGGAGAAGCCAAAACCCAAAGUUGAAACAGCACCUGUCUUGGAUAAGCAGCCUAAAGCACCCUCUCUGCCUCCUUCUAAGCGCUCUGCAACUGAGCCCCAGCUUCCACCUAAGGACAGGGAAAGUCGGGGCAUGGCAUCUUGUUAGGAGUGUUUCUAUGUUGGGACAUAUGUAUAUACCUGUUAAAAGAAAGAAAGAGACAACAAAGGCACAAGCACAAGACAGGACAAGUGUCACUCAUACAAAAAUUAAAGUUGGACCACAAAGACAGAGGACUCGAACGUGGCAAGAGCAGAGCAUUGGAGACGGUUAUGGAGAGAAAAUAAAAGCUGGAAAUGAAUAAAGAGGAAGGAAGGGAAGACACUUUAGGAGAAGGGAGUGAAAGGAGAGUUUCUAGCCUCUCGAAUGCCGGAUAGUUUAUGUUUUUGGUUUUUUUUUUUUAUGCUGAAUACAGUAACAGAGAGCUGUCUUUGUAUUACUGAAACCUUAUCAAUACAAUUAGUAUUUUU